UUAGUUACAUUGAGUAGUGGCAAGAGUAUAAACAAUAAUUUCUCAGUAUCUCGGCAGUCGUCCAGCAUGUCGUAGUUAAGAUAUGUUGAUUUAUUAAUCAAUUAAGAGUAUAAUUGAUUUAACCAGGUGUCACAUUUUUCAAUGGAUACAAUGGAAGUUACUGAAUCUACUCCUGUUGAACCGGGAAAAUGGCGGCAAAUUUUGGCUGCAAUCAUAAUAAAUAUUGCGAACUUAUCAUAUGGAGUAACCAUGGGAUGGGCAUCACCCGUGAUACCAUUAUUCCUUAAUCCAAAUAAUCCAGUCAGUGAAGAGCCACUAACUUCUGAAGAUAUAUCAUGGUUGCAAAGUGUUAUGUGUAUCGCAGGAAUACCAGUACUUCCAUUGUGCUCAUUAAUUGCUGAAAGAUUUGGUCGGAAGAUUAUUGGAUAUCUUAUAGGAAUUUCAUUUGCCACAUCUUGGUUUUUAACGAUAUUUGCUAUUAAUUUCCAAUAUCUUAUAAUCGCCCGGAUUUUCGCCGGUGUUGGAGGAGGGUUUUUAUAUUUUCUGGCUCCUUUAUACGUUACGGAAAUAUCUGGAGAUAGUAUCAGAGGACUACUUGGAACGUUUAUGCUUUUUGCACUUAACAUUGGAAUAUUUUUAGCCUAUAUAUUAGGAGCUCUUUUAUCUUAUAAAUUAUUUGCAAUUUGUUCUCUCUCAUUUUCCGUUAUUUUCUUCGUAUGUUUUCUAUUUAUGCCUGAAACUCCGACAUUUCUAGUCAGGAAAGAUAGGAUUACUGAUGCCACUAAGUCCUUAAUGUGGCUAAAAAAUAGAGACAAAGCAGCAGUAGAUCAAGAAUUAUUGAGACUUCGAACGCUUGUUAAGGAGUAUACCAAUGUAAACAAACCUGUCGGUUUGUAUGAUUUAUUUAGAGAUCGAGCUACAAUAAAAGGAUUUAUCAUUGCGAAUGGACUCUUAAGCGGCCAACAGACUUGUGGUAUCACAGCUAUGUUGACUUAUGCAUCAAUGAUUUUCCAACUGUCUGGAUCAUCUCUAUCACCAAAUGCGGCCACAGUUAUUGUGGGCGGAAUUCAAAUAAUCGGAUCCGGACUAUCAACACUAUUUAUAGAAAAAGCUGGUAGAAGACCGCUUAUAUUGAUAUCCUGUCUUGGAAUGCUGCUCUGUCACUGUGCAGUAGCUACUUUUCUCUUUCUUCAAUCGUUGUCUAUUGAUGUAUCUUCAUUGCGAUGGAUUCCACUAGUAGCUCUAUCCGUUUACGUCAUUACUUACAGUUUAGGCAUGGGUCCUGCCCCUUUUAUCGUUGCAACAGAAGUUUUUAGUUCUGAAAUUGCAGCUUUAGGAUGUUCUAUCUCUAUGACUGUGAUGAUCGUUGUAGCAUUUGCAAUGCUCAAAUUUUUUCCUCUGGCUAUUGAAUUAUUGAAUCUGUAUGGUUGUUUUUAUCUUCUUGCUGCAUUUUGUGGAUGUACCUUAACAUUCACUUAUUUCAUUGUUCCUGAAACUAAAGGGAGAAGCAUUGAGUUUAUAAUUAAUAAAUUAAAUGGGCGUUCUGAGCGAUUUAAGGAUAGUGCUUCCAUAAAAGCUUCCAUUGAGAUGAAUCUGUAAAAUGCCUAUUAGUCUAUUAACUGCGUGAUUUUAUUGCGCAUUACUUAUAGAAUGAAAAAAGAAUUUUUUUGAUCGCAGAUUCUUAUAGAGGGUGAUUGGGAGAGCAUUAGUGCAAAUUUUUAUUACUCGGAAACAAUAAUUAUUUGGUUUAUCGGGUGUCAAAGCUUGGCAAAUUACGUUUUUUCACCUACCAUCGCUUACGUAGCGCAAACGGUGACAGAUAUACUUAAGGAAGUAUAUUUUUGGAAUAAGAACGAUGUUCGAUUUUUUCAAUAUAUUUGUAGAUUUUGUAGACUAUUUGGCAAUUUUUAGUUUUCGAAAAAUGAAUAAAUGUUUAAAAAUAUAAAAAAUAUCAAUGCCAAACUCUGUUUAAAAGAAGUGUCUUAUGCUAAGUGUAUUUUCCUAGCGACACCAGCUAGCGCACGUUUUUUCGAGAUAAUUUUUAUCUUGUAAAGGGACAUGUACACGUAGAAGAAACCUUGUGUACGUUUUCUUGUAUUUUUUGUAAUCUGUAAUAAUCAGAUUAAUUGGGGAAUGCAUGAACAAUUAAAAUCCAUCUAUAUAAUUAAUAA